AUGAAGGAUUUGGGUAAUGCAUCUUACAUAUUGGGUAUCAAGAUUUAUAGGGAUAAAUCGAGAAAGCUAAUUGGAUUAUCUCAAUCCCUAUACUUAGCUAAGGUGCUCGGAAUAUUCUACAUGGAACAAUCCAAGAAGGGUUAUUCACUAGUUAGAAGUGGUAUUCACAUGUCUAAGAUUAUGAGCCCUAGAACCUAA